CAUGCGAGUCGGGCACACGGUCUAUUUAAUGCCUCCCACGCCCGUGUCCCCGACCCAACUUCUUCUGUCCGUGUGCCCUAGUCCCCAAAUCUUGAGAGCGAGGUAAAGCGAGAAGAAGGGGAAAGAAGGGAACGAGAAAAAGAAAGGAAAGGAGCGAACCGGAGGGCGGUAGCACUCGACGGCAGCCGCAGCCGCCGGCGGAUGCACGCGGUGGCCGUUUAUAAUAAGAAGUGCACCAUCUGGAAAAUGUGUGUGACAGGGGGAAAUCAACGAGAGUGCAACAAUAAUAAAAGCUGUGAAUUCACUUGGGAACCACAAGGUUUAUGAACUGGUGGAUGUUGAAUGAUCCUCUCCAUGGACUUAAAUGCAUCUCCUUUACCUGAAGAGGAUGACGAGCCUUAUGAAGAGCAGGCUGAGGGUGAAAUCAUACAUGAAGAGCAUGUGGAGUCUGCUGUUGCAACCAUGCGCAGGGAACGAGAAGAAAGGAAGCGUAGGUUGAAAAGAGAGAACCAAGAUGAAGGUGCAAAGCGGUUUUCACAACCAAUGAGAAAUGAUUUCUUCCCUCAAAAUAGAGGUGGUAGAUCCUAUGGAAGAGUUAAGGAAGUCCCCCAAGGUUGGUUGGAUUGCCCUGCAUAUGGUCAGUGCAUAGGCUAUAUUAUUCCUUCUAAAGUUCCUCUAGAUGAGACAUAUAACGAGUCUGUGGUGCCUGGCAAAAGAUAUUCUUCAAGACAAGUGAUUAAUAAACAGAGAAGAGCGGGGCGGGAACUUCAUAUGUGCCCGAACCUCCCACUUCGUUUGUUCUGCCGAUACAUUCCUCACCACGUCCACUUAUCACUUAUCAGCGUCGACCACAACCUGAGAUUUCGGAGACCGUUCCCACUCAAGAUUCAGCUUGGAUUGGUGAUUGAUUUGACAAAUACUACUCGCUAUUAUUCACCAUCAGAAUGGACAAAGCAAGGAAUAAAGCAUGUUAAGAUUACAUGUAAGGGACGUGAUGCUGUACCAGAUAAUGAAUCGGUAAACACAUUUGUUUAUGAGGUUAUGCAGUUUAUCUCCCGCCAAAAGCAUUCAAAGAAGUAUAUUCUUGUUCACUGUACUCAUGGGCAUAAUCGUACAGGGUUUAUGAUUGUCCAUUUUCUCAUGCGCUCACAGCUGUUGCAUGUCUCUGAUGCAUUACAUAUUUUUGCUCAAGCACGUCCUCCAGGGAUAUAUAAGCAGGAUUAUAUUGAAUCGCUUUAUAAGUUUUACCAUGAAAGUCCUGAAAAUUUGUUCUGCCCUAGCACUCCAGAGUGGAAAAGGUCUUCUGAUCUUGAUCUGAAUGGUGAAGCUGUGCAGGAUGAUGAUGAUGAUGAUGGUGAUACUGCAACUCUUUCAUAUGAGCAUAUGGAAAACAAAAUUAUAACAAAUGAUGAUGUUUUGGGGGAUGCAAUACCGUAUGACCAGCAAGACUCUCUGCGUCUGAUUUGUUACCAGUUACUUGAUUUAACGCCUUCAGUAAGGGGGAAUGCACAAUUUCCAGGAUCACACCCUGUUUCUCUCAACAGGGACAAUCUGCAAUUAUUAAGACAGCGGUAUUAUUAUGCUACGUGGAAAGCUGAUGGGACCCGGUAUAUGAUGCUUAUUACCACACAUGGCUGUUACUUAAUUGACCGAAAUUUUUGCUUUCGAAGGGUUCAAAUGCGUUUUCCUCUGAAGAAUGUGAAUGAGGGUUUUCAUAACCUGACUUUGAUUGAUGGGGAAAUGAUUAUCGACACACUACCUGAUACAGGACUGAAGAGAAGAUAUUUAGCAUAUGAUUUGGUGGCACUUAAUUCAUAUUCUGUAAUAAAGCUGCCCUUUUCUGAAAGGUGGAAGUUACUGGAGGAGGAAGUGGUUCGGCCUCGGAAUUAUGAGAGAAAACAGUUUGAAUGCGAAGGCAAAAGUAAUCCAAUUUACAGAUAUGACAUGGAACCAUUUAGCGUUAGGAGGAAGGAUUUUUGGUUGUUAUCUACAGUUGUUAAGCUUCUGAAGGAGUUCAUUCCAAAGCUUUCACAUGCAGCUGAUGGCCUUAUAUUUCAGGGUUGGGAUGAUCCUUAUGUGCCUCGUACCCAUGAAGGUCUUUUAAAGUGGAAGUAUCCAGAGAUGAACUCAGUUGACUUUCUGUUUGAGGUGGGAAGUGAGAGUCGCGAGUUGCUUUUUCUUUUUGAGAGAGGUAAAAAGAAACUCAUGGAUGGGGUACGGGUUAUAUUUAGAGGCGAAGAGGAUGUCUCAUCCCUUUCAGGAAAUAUCAUUGAGUGCUCCUGGGAUCCAGAUGGAGGCUGUUGGGUGUGCAUGCGAAUCAGAACAGAUAAAGCAACACCAAAUGAUAUUAACACUUAUCGGAAGGUGAUGCGGAGUAUUAAUGACAAUAUCACCGAAGAAGUGCUUCUAGAUGAGAUUGCAGAGAUAGUUCGCCUCCCAAUGUAUGCAGAUAGAAUAGCACGAGCGCAACAGCAGCAGCAUCGACGAAGGUGAGAAUGAUUCUAUGGUGGCUUAGUUCUUGAUGAUACUUCAGCCUUCUUAUAAAGUGGUAUUAUUGCCCGAGCCUUGCUAGUGUCUGGUUUCCAGUAGUUCAUGUGUAAUUAUUAGUGGUAGAUAGUAUGCUGUGAGGAUCGGAUGGUGCUAAUUGUUGCUGUCCAGUCAAAUCUUGUACAAGCCUCUGCCCUGUAUAAAUUUUUAGGCUUCAUGUAAAUCAGUUUCUUAUAUUUUUUAUUCAUGGUUAGUCAAGAACAUGGAAGAGCAUCAACAAGAUAUAAGUGGAAGAUAACCAGCAGGAGCAUGGAUUUACUCUGCCGUGCUCAUCCAACCUUAGCAUUUCAUUUGUUGUUAAUAUGUGCUGAAAUAAUUAAUAGUAGAUGUUUGUAUUGGUUUAUUGUC